UCCAUCAUCAUUACAUCACAGCAUGGAAACAGGAGGAAAGAAGUGGCCCAAUGCCCAACAACACCAGGGGUCCCAAUUCAGCCUCCCUGCGCCCCACAGCGAGGGUCCCGGGACAGGAGGGCUACACAGGGGUCACUGGGAGGAGACCGUACUUCACAGUGACCGCGGGGACCACACCGGACACCCGGCAGCAGAUCCACCAGACCCAUGCCGCUUUCGAGGAGCACCAGCCACGCGGAGGAGGGGCGCGAGCGAGAGGGCGCGCGCACUGCGCGUGAACAUCAACGCUCGCGAGCGCAGGCGCAUGCACGACCUGAACGAGGCGCUGGACGAGCUGCGGGCCGCCAUGCCGUACCGGGCCGGACCCACAGCCAAGAAACUGUCCAAGAUCGCCACGCUGCUGCUGGCCAAGAACCACAUCCUGCUGCAGGCGCGCGCGCUCCAGCAGAUGAGCGGGAUGGUGGGACAGCUGAAGUUUGGACACAGUGUUAAUAAUAAUAAUAAUAAUAAUAUUAAUACAGCAGCUGCCAGAGGAGGAGGGGGGCUCAGUUAUCAGCCCGAGUUUAUGACUGAGAUCAUUAUUAGAUGAUGUUUUUUAAUCUUUAAUCUGUUUUUCUUUCUUUCUGCUUAUUGUUUUAUUUGUUCUUUUUUAUGUUGAUCUAUAUAUUUGUAUAAAAAAAUCUAACAGCUCUGGAAUAUAAUUAAGAGGAAGAUGGAUGACCACAAGCCAUCAAACCAAACUGAACUGCACGAUUUUUUGCACCAGGAGUGACAUAAAGUUAUCCAAAAGCAGCGUAUAAGACUGGUGAAGGAGAACAUGUCAAGAUGCAUGAAAACUGUGAAUUAAAACCAAGGUUAUUCCACCAAAUACUGAUUUCUGAACUCUUAAAACAUUAUGAAUAUGAACUUGUUUUCUCUGCAUUAUUUGAGUUCUGAAAGCUCUGCAUCUUUUUGUUAUUUCAGCCAUUUCUCAUUUUCUGCAAAUAAAUGCUCUGAAUGAUAGUAUUUCUAUUUGGAAUUUGAGAGAAAUGCUGUCCGUAGUUUAUAGAAUAAAAAAAACAAUGUUGAUUUUACACAGACAUAUACCUAUACAUAGCAAAAUAGCAGAGAAACUGAUUCAGAAACUGAGGUGGUCUCUUAAUUUCUAAAGUUGUAUAUACGCUUGGUUAUACAUUCUUGUAAAUAAAGCUGCAGUUGGAAGCAAAAUGUCUUUUUUGUAGUGAUGCCUCAAAGCAACAUUUUAUUUAAAAACACUGCUGAAACUGAUGAUAAUUAGUUCAAUUUUAAACUGAGUUAUUGACCUCCUCCAGUACCAGUUUCUCUAGUUUCCUAGAGUCUUUUAAAGGUGUAUUAACAGUACUCACACUCUCUCUAAAGACAAUACUAUCUUUCACUAAAAGAUGUUAUCGUAAUAAGACAUUAACUACUAUCAGAAUUAUUAUUUUGCAGAAUUAUUUGUUUAUUAUUUAUG